AAAUCACAGAAGCUAGUCAGAGUGAUGAAUCAGCGAUUGUAGAAGAUAGAGUGAUGAGCAACAAGGAGAUGGAAAAAACAAACAAGCGUUUGUUCAAACUUUGCAUGCAAGGCAAAUGGGAGAAAGUAGUUGAAAUGUACAAGAACAAGAAGCAGGCUCACACUGCCAAAAUAACGAGGACAGGUGACACUGCAUUGCAUGUAGCAAUCACCGAUGGUCAAGACGAAGUCGUGCAGCAACUUGUGACACUGAUUUGCUCCGUGGACAAAGAGGCUUUGGGAAUUAAGAAUGAGAGAAAGAACACGGCCUUGCACUUUGCGGCUUCAAUGGGGAGCGUGAAGAUGUGCGAGUGCAUUGCUUCUGCGGAUGCUUCGUUGUUGAGCGUUCGGAACGUUGAUGGAGAGACCCCUCUCUUUCUCGCUGCUCUCCAUGGCAGAAAACAAGCUUUUCUAUGCCUCCAUUACUUUCAUAUCAGGGUUGCCAACAACUACUAUUCAAACUGUAGGAGAAAUGACGGUGACACCAUUCUUCAUUCUGCUAUUGCUGGAGACUAUUUUGAUUUGGCGUUCCAAAUAAUUCAUUUAUAUGAAGAUCUUGUGAAUUGGGUGAACGAGUGUGGAUUCUCUCCUCUUCAUCUCCUCGCAAGUAAGACUUCCGCUUUUAGAAGUAGUAGCCGCCUUGGACGUCUUGAAACAAUUGUUUACCACGGUAUAUUAGUCAAUGAGCUAGAGGUAGAACCAAAAUAUCAGCUACAUCCACCAACAAAAAAAGGGAAAUGCGGUUAUCCAGAAAAUUACGAGACAUGCAUCAACCUUUGGUGGGUGAUGAAAAAUUCAGCUUCUGUAGUGACGAAUAAAUUCCCUGUGACACGAUUUUUAAUCAAUAAGUUCAUCGAAAUAGAUCGAACUUUAAAUCGACCAGAUCUUGAAGCUUCGCAACAGACAGCUACUAAUGGAACCAAAACAAAAUCAUCAGGAUCAGGAAGGUCACCUCCAUUAUUUCCUGACAAUUACAAAAGCUGUGCCGAUUUCUUCAAGUUUGUAUUUAUGACAAUGUUGGUAAUCUUCGGAAGAGGAUCUAGCAGAAUACAGAAGAUACGGCGGAAGAAGGAGAAACACGUGUGGUCGGCCCAAAUAAUGAAUGAACUUCUGAGGCGAGCUUCAACGUAUGAGUAUGACGACAAUGGCAACAAUCCCCUCCAAUACUUGAAGGAUAAAUCUCUCGAGACAGCUCCUUAUAGUUUUGAUAAAUCCGGCGACGUUACUUUUGCCAGUGUUAGUGUUAUGGAAGAGCAGCAAUCUUCCACCAUCACAGGACUCACCCAACAUAAGAAGGUAGAUGGAAAGGUGAACCAGGAGACGCCGCUACUAAUAGCAGCAAAGAAUGGCGUGACAGAAAUGGUAGAGAAAAUCCUAGAACUGUUUCCGGUUGCUAUCCAUGACAUGGACGCGAAGAAGAAAAAUAUAGUGCUGUUAGCAAUAGAGAACAGGCAGCCACACCUGUAUGAGCUCCUGCUCAAGAGAAAGAUUCUCAAGGAAAGUUUAUUCAGGAAAGUGGACAACGAGGGAAACAGUGCUUUGCACUUGGCAGCCAAGCUUGGAGAAUAUAAGCCUUGGCUCAUUCCUGGCGCAGCCUUGCAAAUGCAGUGGGAAAUCAAGUGGUACUUUUUCGUUAAGGAAUCGAUGCCACCUCAUUUUUUUGGUCGGUACAACAAGGACUACAAGACGCCAAGAGAGAUCUUCAGUGAAACGCACAGGGAAAUGGUGAAGAGCGGCGGGGAAUGGCUGAACAAAACCUCGGAAUCAUGCUCCCUGGUGGCGGCUCUGAUAGCCACGGUGGCCUUCGCCACAUCCACGACGGUCCCCGGCGGCGUCCACGAAAGCACGGGCAUCCCAACCCUGGAAGACAGGCCAGCGUUCAACGUGUUUGCGAUCUCAUCACUGAUUGCUCUGUGCUGUUCCGUGACCUCGCUGGCGCUGUUCCUCUCGAUACUCACGUCGCGGUACCAGGAGCAAGAUUUCGGCAAAGAUCUUCCAAGAAAGCUCAUCUUCGGUCUCACGUCCUUGUUCAUGUCAAUCACUUCCAUGCUGCUCUCCUUCUGCGCUGGCCAUUUUUUUAUGCUCAAGGAGAAACUCAAGAAUGCUGCACUUCCUGUGUAUGCUGUCAUAUGCUUGCCCGUCACGCUCUUUGCGUUGGCUCAAUUUCCCCUAUAUUUCGAUCUCAUAAGGGCCACUUUCAAGAAGAUACCCCAUCGCAGCUACAAAGCCACUCUGCUUUAGUUCUUUUUACGUUCAAAUACCUUACGUACCAUUCUCUCUCUCAUACCUAUCCUUAUAUUAUAUUUAUCCUCUAUCUUUAGUGAGAAAAGAUAUUCAUGUAGCUUCGUG